UACUGCUACUACUACUACUAUUUCUACUACUACCACAAAGAGAGAGAGAGAGAGAGAGAGAGAGACGCCCACCUGUCGCAUCGUUGUCCCUAUAGACGUAGUAGAGAGAGAGAGAGAGAGAGAGGGAGAGGGGCGUGAGAGUGUGGGCGUGCAGAGGUGCCAAGGACGCCCACACACCGCCCGCAGCCGCUCUCCGCCCUCCCUGCCCCCGUGCUGCUGCCAACACGCGUUACACACAUACACACACACACACACACACACACACACACACACACACACACACACACACACACACACACACACACACACACACAUGACGUGGCGUUGAAUAUCUCGCGUCAUCCACACUAUUAGAUUCACACACCAACCCCUCCCCCCUAUACCCUCCUCCUCCUCCUCCUCCUCCUCCUCCUCCUCCUCCUCCUCCUGUACCGACCUUGUUUAUACCUUGCUGUAUUUCCCUUAUUGUAUUUACCUAUUCGUAUUUACCUAUUCGUGUUUACCUAUUCUUAUUUACCUCCGUUGUAUUUACCUGGUUUUUAUUCGUGUUUGUUGUAUUUCAUCUUGCUGUAUUUGCUUUUGUAUGUUGUGCUUGUAUUUGUUGUUUGUAUGCUAGCUUAGGGUAAGUUAGGUUAGGUUAGUUAGUUUAAUUAAGGUAGGAUUCAAUUCAAACUAGGAGAGGUUAGGUUAAGUAAGGCCUGGUUGAGUAAGACUAGGGUUUAUUUUUUUUUUUUUUUAAGUAAGAUUACAUUAAGUUAAGUUAGGGUAAGUUUAAUCUCUCAGUACCGUGCCGCGUUUCCAUAUUCAUUCUGCUUACUCUUUGGUGACUUGAUACAGCUUUAGAAACUUAACGUAGGGAUUAAAAUAGUGAAGACUGGCCAUUAAUCAUCUGACCUCUUCUAAUGUAAAUAAAAUUGUCUAAUCAUACCCAAAACUCAGAGUAAAAAUGCGUCUCAGUAUUGAAUGGUUAAGUAAAGUCUGGUUAGGUAAGGUUUGUUUAAUUUAGGUAAGAUUACUUCAAGUUGGGUUAAGUUAGAUGAAGUAAGGUCUGGUUAGGUAAGAUUAAGGUUGGGUUAAGUUAUGUUGUGUUUACGUAUUUGUGUUUACCUUGUAGCUACUCGUGAAUGGAUUCUGCCCAGUCUCUACGUGUGUAUAUUCAUGAGAGAGAGAGAGAGAGAGAGAGAGAGAGAGAGAGAGAGAGAGAGAGAGAGAGAGAGAGAGAGAGAGAGAUUAGAUCAUUCCUACUCAUCCCGGUCAGUGAAAUACAUUUGGAACACUGCCACUCACGCGAUCCUAACCACACUCUCCACACGCAUAUAUACUUAAUACACCCAAGAAUACACACUGAAGCAUACGUAACAGCUAAAAAUACACAUACACGCCACAUAUAUAUAGAGCUACACCUGAGCUACACCCUGAAACACACGUAAUAGUUAUAAGUAUACACGUAGCACAAAUAUACAUAGCUACACACUCAGAUAUACUAAAUACACGCAUAAAUAUUUCUGGAUAUGUAAACAAUUUAAUUUACCUACUCAUCAUAACGUAUUCUCAAGUUCAGCCUAUAUAAUUUACCAUACACAGAGGAGAAGGAGUUUUUAAUGGGUCUAUAGGCAAAGCGUGUGAUAAAUCAGGUUUGCACAGGUGAAGUCAUAAGUUGUGUCAUCUGUACUGGCGUCUCUUGAUCUGCUGACAGCCGUAACAAAACAUGACAACUGGAAAAUUCUCACCAGAGCAGAUGAUUUGAGAUUGAAGAAGAGGAAGUUCAGUGAUCAAAUAAGAGAGGUAUAGUUUUAUUCCUUCCUCACUUUCUCACUAAAUAAGACGAUUAAUUGAAAGGAAGGAAACAUAGUAAGAAUAAGAAAGGUAUGCUAUUAUUUCUACCUCACUUUCUCUCCAAAUAACACGAUUAAUUGAAGAAGAGAAACACAGUGACAAAUAAGAGAGGUAUGCUGUUACUGCCUCGCAUUUUCAACAAGGUCAAUUAUUAGUUGGGGAGAAAACAGUAGGAAUGAGAGAGGGACGUGUUAAUCCCACCAAGUCAGAUGAUGAAAUGAAGACAAAACACUGGAAAUAAAUGAGACAUGUUACUGGUAUAUCACAUUUCACCAAGGCAGAUACUUAAUUGAAGACGGAACAGUGAAAAUGAGAGAGAGAGAGAGAGAGAGAGAGAGAGAGAGAGAGAGAGAGAGAGAGAGAGAGAGAGAGACAUAUUUAAUUGUACCUCACUUUCUCACCACUGGACCAACUGGAAAGGAAACACAAUGGGAAUAAGAAAGACACAUUUACUCGCAUCUCACUCUUUCCAACGGCGCCUGUACGAGCUUCAAAUAGAGACAACAGUACUUAGCAACCUUUCCUUAAGCCACCUGAGUGAAGGAACAGCGUUACACACCAGCUGAGGUAAUGCUGCACACCGCUACCCACCUUGCACAACACCACACGCCGCGCCACACCACAUAAGGCGCCGUUGCUGCAUAAUGGUAGGUGGUGGCGGUGAUGGUGGUGGCUGGAGUGGUAGGGGGUGUUCAAAAUAGUCUUUCACUCACCUGUUCUCCACCGCACUCUGUGGUGGAGGUGGAGUUUUUAAGGAGGAGGCGCAAAUGUGGCGUGCAUUCAGAGCGUGCGACGAAGUGAGGCGCGGCAGGAGCCUGGCAGAGGAGCAGGUAGGGGUGUAUGAGGCAGUGGCACAGAAACUACACACACAGUUUGGUCUGGAUGGACGGGCGUGUGUCCUCAGGUUCAUCUGUGAGCUGCAGCAAAGACGGCUGGGGCAUAGCACUGUGGCGGGAAAAGUCCUGACUGCAUUGUUCACGUACAAGAUCUUGAGGAAUCCUGUGACUCCUGCUGAAAAGCUCAGACGUGAAGACGGAAGUAAUAGAAGAAAGAAGAAGGAGAAAUAAAGGAGGAGGA